CCAUGAAUCACAGAGAACAUGGGUCCAUUUGGCUAGGUUCAACAAAAUGCUUCUUUGUUCUUCCCCCCCUCUCUCCAAAAUCCGUCGAGAAAAAACUUGUCAGUAUUAAGGAAACUGCUAGCAAACAACUUAUACAGAUUCUCUCUCUCUCUCUCUCUCUCUCUCUCUCUCUCUCUCUCUCUCUCACACACACACACACACAUUACUUGUGUUGCUUUUGUACAACUUGGGACCAUCCAUCUACCUCUCACUCUCUCACUAUCUCUUUCUGAAGCAUUUGCAAGGCAGACAUGGCGGAAGCUCUGUCAGGGUCACUGGGAAUGAGAAUGGGACUGAAGGGACGAAAGAGUUCAGAUUUUGGAGGUGCAUUGUCGUCAUUUGGGUUUGGGUUUGGGUUGAUGAGACCUAAUAAGAUAAACCCACAAAAACGACUAGCAUUGGCCUCUGCCACCUCCGCUGGAAAUGAAAAUGCAGCAUUUUCCUCGGGCACUGACUCUGCUGCUGAUUCUCUCCUCUCUCACUCUAAGGUUAAACGUCAUACAAUCUCAGUGUUUGUCGGGGAUGAAAGUGGUAUAAUAAAUCGAAUUGCAGGGGUUUUUGCAAGAAGGGGUUUCAACAUUGAGUCUCUUGCUGUUGGAUUGAACAAGGACAAGGCUCUCUUUACUAUAGUUGUUUGUGGAACUGAGAAGGUUCUGCAACAAGUUAUAGAACAGCUCAACAAGCUUGUGAAUGUCCUGAAGGUGGAGGAUCUUUCAAGGGAACCACAAGUAGAGCGUGAACUAAUGCUUAUAAAGCUUAAUGCUGAUCCAAGCACACGAGCUGAGUUGAUGGGGUUGGUAGACAUCUUCAGAGCCAAAGUUGUGGAUGUUUCAGAUCAUUUGGUGACUGUUGAGGUCACUGGAGACCCCGGGAAGAUAGCUGCUGUGCAGAGAAAUUUUAGCAAGUUUGGAAUUAAGGAACUUGCUAGAACUGGAAAGAUUGCCUUGAAACGGGAAAAGAUGGGCGAGACAGCUCCUUUUUGGAGAUUCUUUGCUGCUUCUUAUCCGGAUCUUGAAGGGACAGUUCCUGGUGGUUCUCUUUUAAGGAAUCUUAGCAGCACGUCACACAAUGGAAACCCCCGUACAUCCUCAAGGGGUGAUGUUUAUCCUGUGGAGCUCGACAAAGAAAUCUCACCUAAUCGAGUUCUUGAUGCUCACUGGGGUGUUCUCUAUGACGAAGAUGCAAGUGGGCUUCAAUCCCACACUCUAUCCAUGCUUGUCAGUAACUCUUCCGGGGUUCUGAACAUGGUUACUGGUAUUAUAUCUCAAAGAGUUUCUAACAUUCAGAGUUUAGCUGUGGGUCCGGCAGAAGAGGAAGGGCUUUCACGGAUUACGACAGUUGUUCCUGGAACGGAUGAAUCUAUUGGAAAGUUGGUUCAGCAGUUUUACAAGUUGGUGGAUCUUUAUGAGGUUCAGGAUUUGACACACACGCCAUUUGCAGAGCGUGAGUUGAUGUUGCUUAAGGUUGCCGUGAAUGCUGCUGCUAGGAGGGAUGUUCUUGAUAUUAUCAGUAUCUUCCGAGGCAAAGCUGUUGAUAUAUCUGACCAUACUAUAACAGUAGAGCUCACAGGUGAUUUCAACAAGAUGCUUGCAUUGCAGAAAUUGCUGGAGCCCUAUGGCAUUUGUGAGGUGGCAAGAACUGGACGGGUGGCAUUGGUCCGAGAGUCUGGUGUAGAUUCAACAUACCUGCGGGGAUUUCCUCUUCCGUUACAGUGAUGACCAAGGGGUUUUAAGUUGUAAGGUUUGUUAUCUGUACCAGCUUCUUUAUCCUUUUUGUAAUGAGAUGUUGUAGUCCUAUAUUUAGAGUAAGUGGGGAUCGAUUUUCCCUUUGUCUUCUUAAGAAAUCUAUCGUAUAUAUAGAUGAAAACAAAGUACAAGUGCGGGCGA